GAUAUAAUUGGAAGAAUGUGCCUAAUUAGUACAAAGAGUCAUACUUUGAGGAAUUUAAGAAAUUUUACAAGUGGGAUGCGUCUAUUGACACACAAGUUCACAAUGCCUUUUUAGUACAAGCAGGCUCACGCUAUUCAGAUAUGAUCUCCAGAUUCAAGACGAAACGGACUUCAAAUGGGAGGUCAGCUUGUGUAGCUGAAGAAAUAUGGCGCAUUUGGGAGGCAUAUUGGGAUAGGCCAGACGUGAAAGCUAAAUCUGAACAAGCACGCAAGAAUAGAAUGAGUGAGGUGGAAGGACUUGGUACAGGAUGUUCUCGACAUACUGGGGGAUCUAGUUCAGCUAUUGAGCAUUAUCACAAGUUGCAAGAUGAGCUUCAAAAGGAGCCUAAUCUGUUUGAGUGCUUCGAGCAAAUCCACAAAAAGAAGAAUGGUAUGUUCGUUGAUUCGAGGUCAAAGAGAAUCGCUGACGAAAUACAAGCACGACAUGUAGCUGCAACGCAAGAAGCUGAAGGGUCAACUGAGCCACCAAGUAUAAACAUGUCACAGCUGUAUGUGGAUGUUGUUGGUGGGGUAAAAAAGCGGCGUAUUUAUGGCUUAGGGACUAAGGCAUCCUCAUUUAUCAAUGAGAAUAAUUGUGGUUCAUCUGCUACUUCACAACUUCGUCAAGAUGUAAUGAAGGAGAUAGUAAGUCAACAGAUAGAGACUAUGCAAGCUGAGAUGGAGGCUAAAAUGCAGGCUCAGAUUGCAAGUUUGAUGGAUGAGUUGCGUCGCAAUGGAAUGUUAUCCACGUCUAUGCCAUCACCUCCAACUACUCAAGUUGAACAAUCUGCUAAUUCAAAUGAUGAAAACUUAGGAGAUGAUUAG